AUGUUACAGCUUUGUUUCAAGCAUGUACCAGUUGAAACUCUUUGCCCGAUCUGCUCUUUAGAAGAUGAAUCAACUUUGCAUGCUCUUGUAACUUGUCCUACUGCUAAGAGGUGUUGGGACCGAGUGGGAAUAAGAAUUGUAGUACAGCAGGAAGACACGUUUCUGGUGUGGCAAGAUAAAAGAGUCAGAGUGGAUAGCAUUGUUUCGUUAGCAAAAAGCUUUCUUAACCAAUGGAAAAACGCACAAGAAUCAGUCAUUGAGACUACAUUUUCUGGUUAUAUAACCGAAGAUGAUGCAGUGUGUUGGGUGCCUCCACAUGUUAAUAGUGUUAAGAUAAAUGUUGACGCGGCUUUGUUCAACGAAACCCGACAGUUUGGAGUCGGAUUGGUUGCUCGUGAUACUCAAGGAAUGCUAAUUGAAGGUUGCACUAAAUUGUUCCAAGGCCAAGUUUCUCCUCCUACAGCCGAAGCCAUGGGAUUCCGAGAGGUGUUGAGUUGGAUUAAGAAGAAACAAUGGACAAAUGUGUGUAUCGAAACAGAUUGCCUACCGAUGGUUCAAGCCUUACGAAGCACAAUUGAUAUGAGAUCCAUGUUUGGUCAAGUGGUGAAUGUUUGCAAGGAUACGAUUAAGGUUUUAAAAGAUGUUAGUGUUUAUUUUGUUAGACGAUCAGCUAAUAUGGUGGCUCAUAACUUCGCCCGAGCCUCUAUAUUCUACCCUGAUUGCACUUUCAGUUUGGAGUCUGUUCCAACUGAUUUGUUACCUAUUUUGGUAGCAGAGAUGGUUAUUUAA